ACCAAGAGAAGAAAAGUCCGCAAAGGCACGAGGAGCUGCUGGGAAUGCCGGCGACGCAAGAUGAAGUGCAUCUUUGGCUCGCCCGCAGACACCAUCUGCGUCAGCUGCAAGCGACGCGGAGCCAAAUGCGUGGACCAGCAGUUUCCGGAGCAGAUUUCAACGCCUUUGGACCGCAGUCUUCAGAUGGGAGAUCGAGUUGGGAGAGUAGAGGCGUUAGUCGAGCAGUUACUCAAGAAGAUGUCCAGUGGCUCGGAAUCUUGCUGCGGAUGCACAGCGACGCAAAAGGAUGAAAAGUCUAACAAGGUCAACAGCCCUGUUCUUGGGGAACCAAGUAAUAACUUGUCCCGCGCUCUCUACGAAGCCUUACCUACGCCAAAAGACAUUGAAAUCAUCUCCAGAGCACGCGGCGACUUGUCUGCGCGCUUCUACCAGAUGCUCACCGCUUCCUACAAUGACCUCGACAAAAGCGACCCUCAGUCAUUAGACAGCCUGUUUGAGCCGUCAGGACCAAAUGCCCAUCCCGUUUCAAUAGGUCUUUACAUGCUCAGGAUUGCCACCUUUUUACAACACCUUCAUCCUAAUCUUCAUAAAAACCUACAAGGAUUGUCAGAGCCGCCACGUCAGAUCAUGAGCCGCCUUUUCAACACUGCCGUCGACCUCGUGAAUUCAAACGAAAGCCUCAUCAGCAACAUUGAAGGCAUAGAGUGCGUGAUGAUGGAGAGUCUGUGGCAUGCAAAUGGCGGAGAUUUGCGCAAAGGCCUGACCGCCAUCCGGAAAGCCAUGACAAUCGCGCAGCUCAUGGGCUUCCAUCGCUCCAGGAGUUCAGCGCAGUGCAAGCUGCUGGACUCUGAAAGACAAGUCCAGCCAAAGUUCAUAUGGUUCCGCAUCGUGUUUGCAGAACGACACAUUUGUCUCAUGCUAGGACUCCCUCAAAGCUCCAUCGAUCAGAGUAUGGCUUCCAAGGAGGUUCUUGAGAGCGACACGCCCAUGGGACGUCUUGAACGCAAACACUGCGUCAUCGCAUCUCGUAUUCUACAACGCAACCAGUCCGAGCCAAGCCCUGAUGAUUUUGCUUUGACGCAUGAAUUGGAUAAAGAGCUGCAAAAGGCUGCCGAAGAGUUGCCCAAAAAGUGGUGGCUUCACUCAAAUCUAGCUACGGUCUUGGACGACCCGGAAAGACUCUUUUGGGAUAUGCGGCGGCUGUUUCAUCAACUGUUUCACUACACUCUUCUCAACCAACUCCAUCUUCCUUACAUGCUUCGCUCAUCUCUAAACGGAUGCGAAAGCCAAUACUCCAGGCUAACAUGCGUCACCGCCUCCCGUGAAGUGCUUUCACGAUUCAUAACGUUCCGCAGCGCCGACCGCAUAGCCUUUUGGUGCCGAACAAUGGACUGGUUCUCCUUGAUGGCAGCCAUGACGCUGCUAAUAGCACAUCUUGACGGGCACCGCCGAGGUUCCGAGUCUGCAAGAUCAGAGAACUGGCUGACGCACCAACGACCCGGAGACCGUGCGAUGAUAGAGCAGGUGCAUGAAAGCAUGGAGGAAGUCAGUCAACGAAACGGAGAUGCUCUGGGAGCGCGCAGUGUAGAUUUGCUACGGAGGCUGCUACUCAUUGAAGACGAGGCUACUGGUGGUCAUGCGGAAAAUGUGAAUAGGGUGAGCGUGCAGGUUGCGGCGGCUAAUGACCCAGUUGAUGAAGAGAGAAGCGGCGCCGUGCGUGUGUACAUACCGUAUUUUGGCACAAUCAAGAUUGCUCGAGGAGGC